CGCGGAGGAGGACAGAAAAAGAAGAGGAGGAGGAGGAGGCUGUCCACGGGCUCUCACACUGCGGAACGCGCGCGGAGUUGCCUGGAGAUCCCCCCAUACAAAAUAUCGGCGGAUCCUUCCACCGCCUGCACCUCCCCGCGCGUGGAGUGGACAUUUGACUCCAUCUGGAGGAAGGGGAUUAAGCACCUGAGCUCCAGGAAGGUGGCCGUGGCCGGUGGGGGUCUUCACGGACACGACAGGUGGAUUAAUCCGAGCGUGUGGUUUUCAUUUCUGGGUGGAGGUGCUUCUGGUGCGUGCGUGUUUUCCCAUCCACUUCUUUCCCUCUGAUGGAGGCGCGAUUAAUGGAUUAAUUUCACGGGGGUAGGGGGGGGGGGGAUUCACCCCUUGGAGAGCACCCGAAUGGAGUAACACGCUGCAAUGUCAUCUCCACCCGGCCGCCUGGAGAGAUGUGUCACGGGAAUGGGAUCAAGUUGAAAUACUUUGGCACCAGGAGGAAGGAAGAGGAUAGGGAGCCGGAGAAGAGGCGCGAUGGCCGGCCAAGGCGACGGCGACGCGCGGGUCAGGGAAGCGGCGGCGGUGGCGCGCACGCUCACGGACCCGCGAGACGAAGGCGCAAAACGCUCUUUGUGACAGCCAAGGGUACGAUGUGUGCAGUGUUGCGGAUACUGCUCCUCCUCUCCCAUUGGGCAUCGCUGGCCGCUUCCCAGAAGCCCCCGGGGCUCAGCGUGGGCGUGGUGAUGGGCCAGACCCAGCUGGUCACGGACCAGGAGCUGCAUCCCCCCCGGAGGCCCGACGACGCCCUAGACGUAUCGGUGGUACCUUUGAGGGUCAACCAGACUGACCCCAAGUCUAUCAUCACAGAGGUAUGCGAGCUGCUGUCACGUUCUCGCCUGCACGGCAUCGUGUUCGCUGACGGCACUGACCAGGAGGCCAUCGCUCAGAUCCUGGACUUCUUGUCCGUCCAGACCCAACUUCCUGUGCUGGGCGUGCACGGAGGCUCUUCCAUGAUCAUGGCCGACAAGGAUGAGAAGUCAACCUUCUUCCAGUUCGGUGCUGCUCUACAACAGGAGGCUCUCCUCAUGCUGGCCAUCAUGGAGGAGUAUGACUGGCACAUCUUCUCCAUAGUCACCUCCAAGUUCCCUGGGUACCAGGACUUCAUCAGCACCCUCAGGAUCACCGUGGACCACAGCUUUGUACGCUGGGACCUCCAGAGCGUGGUGACUCUGGAUGCCGUAGACGGAGACCCCAACUCCAAGUCUCACAUCGCCCUCAAGAGGAUCCAGAGUCCUGUCAUCCUGCUGUACUGUUCCAAGGAUGAGGCUGUCUACAUCCUGGAGGAGGCACGCUCAUUGGGCCUGAUCGGAGCUGGUUACAUCUGGAUUGUGUCCAGUCUCACCACGGGAAACCCAGACUUUACCCCAGAGGCAUUUCCUCUGGGCAUGAUCUCUGUGUCCUACGACGACUGGGAGUACCCACUGGAGACACGGGUGCGGGACGGCGUGGGCAUCAUCUCGUCGGCCGCUACCGCCAUGCUGCGGGAGAAGGGCGAGCUGCCCGAAGCCCAGGGCAGCUGCUACAGCACGCCGUCGGACCGCAGCCCGGGCAAGCUGCCGCCCAGCGCCCUGCGCAGACACAUGAUGCACGUGUGGAACGAUGGCAGAGAUUUGUCCUUCACGGCCGACGGUUACCAGGCCAACCCCAAGCUGGUCGUCAUCGUCUUGAACAGUGAGAGGACGUGGGAGAAGAUGGGUCGCUGGGAGAACGGCACGCUGUCAUUGAUGUUCGCUGUAUGGCCGCGCUACAACUCGCAUGGCGACGAGGACGCCGAUGAGAACCACCUGUCCAUCGUUACUCUGGAGGAGAAACCCUUUGUCAUUGUGGACAACGUGGACAUCCUCACUGGGACCUGCAUGAGGAACUCUGUGCCCUGUCGCAAACACGUCAAAGAUAACAGCACAUCAGGGGGCUCGUACAUCAAGCACUGCUGCAAGGGCUUCUGCAUCGACAUCCUCAAGAAGAUCGCCCGCAACGUUAAGUUCACUUAUGACCUCUACCUGGUCACCAACGGAAAACACGGCAAGAAGAUCAACAACGUGUGGAACGGCAUGGUAGGAGAGGUGGUGUACAAGAAAGCCGCCAUGGCCGUGGGCUCUCUGACCAUCAACGAGGAGAGGUCAGAGGUCAUCGACUUCUCCGUGCCCUUCGUGGAGACGGGCAUCAGCGUCAUGGUGUCGCGCAGCAACGGCACCGUCUCACCUUCUGCCUUCCUCGAGCCCUUCAGUGCGUCUGUUUGGGUGAUGAUGUUUGUGAUGCUGCUCAUCGUCACGGCUAUCGCUGUCUUCCUAUUCGAAUUUGUCUCUCCGUUGGGCUUCAACCGCAACUUGGCCCAAGGCAAAGACCCUCACGGUCCGUCGUUCACCAUCGGCAAGGCGAUCUGGCUGCUGUGGGGUCUGGUGUUCAACAACUCGGUGCCCGUGCAGAACCCCAAAGGCACCACCAGCAAGUUCAUCGUGUCGGUGUGGGCCUUCUUCGCCGUCAUCUUCUUGGCCUCAUACACAGCCAACCUGGCCGCCUUCAUGAUCCAGGAGGAGUUUGUGGACCAGGUCACCGGACUCUCCGACAAGAAGUUUCAGAGUCCCUACUCUUACUCGCCGCCCUUCCGCUUCGGCACGGUUCCCAAUGGCAGCACGGAGCGCAACAUCCGCAAAAACUACCCGGACAUGCACCAGUACAUGACCAAGUACCACCAGAGUGGAGUGCAGGACGCCCUGGUCAGCCUCAAGACCGGGAAGCUAGACGCAUUCAUCUAUGACGCGGCGGUGCUCAACUACAUGGCGGGCCGAGACGACGGCUGCAAACUGGUGACAAUCGGCAGCGGCUACAUCUUCGCCACCACCGGAUACGGGAUCGCGCUGCAGAAGGGUUCCUACUGGAAGAGGCUGGUGGACCUCGCCAUCCUCGGCAUCAUCGGCGACGGCGAAAUGGAGGAACUGGAAGCGCAGUGGCUGACGGGCAUCUGCCACAACGAGAAGAACGAGGUGAUGUCCAGCCAGCUGGACGUGGACAACAUGGCGGGCGUCUUCUACAUGCUGGCCACAGCCAUGGGUCUGUCCAUCCUCACCUUCGUGUCAGAGCAUCUCUUCUACUGGCGACUGCGUUACUGCUUCACAGGCGUCUGCUCGGGACGCCCCGGCCUGCUCUUCACCAUCAGCAGGGGCAUCUGGAGCUGCAUCCACGGCGUGCAUAUCGACAUGAAGAAGAAGGCGCCAGAGCUGGACUUCAGCCCUCAGGCCAACAUGCUGCACCUGCUCAAGUCGGCCAAGUCCAUCGCCAUGGCGUCGCCCAAACGCAACACGGUGCUGCUGCAGCCCAGCAGCAUCCUCGAUGUCAUGACGGGAAAAGGUAACUCGCUGCAGAGCCUCACUCCAAAGGGUCCCGGUCUCUAUAGCAACGCCAGUGGUCCGCAGGCUUUCCUAUCUCUGUCCGGCCGCCACAAGAACCUCCUGAACAACGCGGCGCCUUUCCCGGCCCUGCAGAAGGCAUCCGCCCACCAGACCAGCCCCACCAACAAGCCACAGCUGUCCAUCACCAACGACAACGGCAAGACCUGCACCGGAGGCCCGCCAUCCAAACCCCGUGCCCUGUGGAAGAAAAGCGUGGAGACCCUGAAGACACAGCCCGGCGGGGCGGUCCCCAGCGGCGGCCCCAGCCCGACCGCAACCACCAUGGCACCCCCGGCUAUGAAGAGCCAGCGCUAUCUCCCCGAAGAGCCGCCGCCCCCGCCCCACUCAGACAUCUCAGAGUGCUCCAGCCGUCCCGCGUCACACAAAGACUCAGAUCCAAUGGCAGCGAGGAGCGGGUUCAAGUCUGUUAACCAGUUGAGAAAGAGGGGUGUUGGCGGAGGGGGCAGCAGCGGGUCCAAGAUCUACUCCAUCGACUCCGAUCAGGCCAGCCUGCAGUCAGGGCCACCCUACCAGCGUGACAGCCAUGGGGGUAGCGAUGAGCAGCCGUACCCGCCAGACGUGUUCUCCCCCGAUGGCACUUACUCGCACAAGGGGGAUGCACCCAUCCUGCAGUUGAGCGCCACCUUGCUGCACCACAGCCACAGCGCGGAGGCCGACCUGCACUCCAUGAAGGACAAGAAGUACAGCACCUAUGCUCACAGCAGUGCAAAGGAUAAGUCUAGCGGUUCCUUCGAGACCCCUGGUUCGGCCGUUGGCUCACAGGGCGUACGCCCAGGCUACUGCCGCUCCUGCCUGACAAAGCUAAGCAGCUACUCGGGCCUAUACACGGUGCGCCCCCCACAGGCCCGCUGUGACGCCUGCGCCCAUCUGGGCAACCUGUACGACAUCAGCGAGGACCACCUGAACUACUCUCAUGCCACCGACAUGUUCGCUCACUUCCUGCCCCAGAGCCAGCUGGGCAUGGUGGGUGAGGGCGAUGACCUGGUCAGCCACUUCGAGCCAGCACCCUGCUCGCCGUCUGCCCUGACCGCAGCUUCCUCACCUGUGGCGCAGCAUUUGCAACUGAGUCGCCAGCACUCGUACGAGAACGUGCUUCCGGAUGGUGUCACCCAACUGCGGGGCCUGAACCUAUCUGACAGGGACCGGGAGAUGACCCUGGAUGAGGGCGCCUACGCCAACGUGCUCACAAUGCGCUCAGACCGCCCCUUCAGUGGCCGUAGUCCCCCCUCACCGUCUCCCUCCCACCACCACAGCUUAGAUGCACCUCUGCCCCUGCCCCGCCGUUCCAAGAGCCUCUUCCCCGACCGGCCCUCGCACAAUCCCUUCCUCCAGUCGUCCCCCGGCACGGCGCAGCGGGAGUCAGCCGCUCACGCUCAUACCGUCACCCAGACCGCCACCCGACCAAUCUACAAGCAGCGCCUGCCGCUCUCACUCACCCUGGGCAACCACGGAGGCCACCACGCCAACCACCACGUGGACCAGCAGGUGUUCUACCCACAACAGGAGCCCCCCGUGGUGGCCUACAUGGUGCCGCCCGCCGCUGCCCAGCCCAUGAGCUACGUGACAGCGCCGCGAGCUUCCAGCGCCGGUGGCAACCGGCCCCGCCUAUACCGACGCAUGCCCAGCAUCGAAUCUGAUGUGUGAGACUCGCCAGUACCUGUCACUCACACACACACACACACACACACACAAUUCUGGACACACUGCCCCUCGCCCCUCUCACCAGCCUUCAUGGGAUAUGGGGAGCAACCAACCCUCUCCCCCCUCCGGCCCUCCAUUUUUUGUGUCUUGUAUGAGCACACACAGACCCACAACCCAGGAAUCGAACCUACGGACGGACUCCACAAUGGGGUGCGGCUGUGUGUUCCAGGGUCUAAACGCCCCAACACAUACAAACACACACAUUGGGAAAGACUGUUUGAUGAUGUUGAUGUCAGCCAAUUGAACAUUCCAAACAUGCGCGUACACGUACACACACACACACACACACACAUAUAUAGCAUUUAGCAUCCUAGCUUCCUUCCUCUCUUAGCUCCUAGCCUUCAGGUCACACACUUGCAUGCUUCCUUAAUGGCUCUGCGUGACACAUAUGCAGGGUCAUAUAUGCGUACAUGCACACAUAUGCACACACAUGCGUCCACACAAAGUGUGUGUAUGUCUGUCGAUGCAGUGAGUUAGUUUAGCCUUUGUGCACUUUGUACAUUUUCUAACCUGCCACCAAACACAAACCAAAAACAAACACUUUUUGAUACUCACACAAUUCGCUGGAGUUGAUGUUUUUCUCUUUCUUUUCUUUUUUUUUGGGGGGGGGGGCUGUGGCGGCGAGUGUUAGCUAACGAGUACAGUGUCAUAUUCCUUUUUAGCAGCUUCAUUCUUACACGUGCGUGCGAAUGUGCGUAGGCCUGGUAGAGUUAUAGAUUAGCUGUGGAUUCAAAAGUCACUAUUUUUCAAAAAUAUUUUCACUUCGAGUCUCAAUGGAAAGGUCCCGCAAGAUGAACGCACACAUACUGUACAUCACAUGGAUUUUUUCAAAAAAUAACACUGUGUCGGAGCCUAGGAUCACGUGGAUGGUUUACACGCACACAAACAGACACCCGCGCACACACAGACAGCUGUGUCCCAAUUGAGGGUCUGAGGGUAUGGCCUACGUGAACUUGUGAGGUGAAAAAAAAAAAAAAGGUGAAAGAAGACUUUGUGUGGUGUGACGAUGUCAUGUGUCUUCAAAUCCAUCCUUCAGAGGCUGUAUUUGAUUUGAAAUAGCCUACACAUGGUGUUAAGAUGCCAACUGCCAUCAAAUGUAAACUCUGAAGGAUGCAUUUAAAAAAGGGUUUUUCAGUUAGGACAACCUUGGCAUGGUGUUAUGAAUUCAUUGUGCCUUCAAAUGCAGCCUUGAAGGAUGUAUUUCAAGGAGCCCAUGAUUUGGGACAACGUUUGCGUGGUGUUAUGACAUUACUUACAAAUGCGUCAUUUAGAGGCUGCGUUUGAUUUAGGACAGCCUUGAUGUGGCAUUAUGAUGCCUUCAAAUGUGUACUCCUUAAGUUGUAUGUAAAAAAGCCUUUAAUUGGGGAUAGGCUUUGUGCCGUGUCAUGAUGCCAUCCUUAGGAGGCAAUUUGAAGGAGCCUUCUGAUAGUACAACCUUCAUGUGAUGUUUGAUUACAUAAUCAACUGUCAAACGCAGCCUCCUCAGGAUGCCUGUAAUUAGGCCGUCUGCCUUCAAAUGCAAACUCACAGUGAUGUAUUUAAAGGAGAAAUCCAGUCAAGACAGCCUACGCAUGGUGUUAAGAUGUCAUAUGCCUUCAAACAUCUUCCUUCAAAUGUGCCCUUCAAAGGCUUCACUUGAAUUUGGGACAGCAUUUGCAUACCAUUAUGGUGUUGUGGGCCUUGAGAUGUGGCCUGCUAAGGAUUUGUUCGAAGAAGCCUUUGGUUUGGGACAGCCUCAGCAUAGUUCUUCAAAUGCAGCAUUCUUCCAAUUCCGACAAUGUUCGCAUGGUUUUACAACAUGAUAAACCUUCAAAUGCAACCUCUGUAGGAUGCAUUGAAAGUAACUCGUGAUUUGGGUCAACCUUUGUGUGGUGUUAUGACAUCAACCUUAGAUUAGGGGCAACCUUUACUUGGCGUAACAAUGUCAUCAGCCUUCAAAUGCAGCCUUCUUCCAAUUAGAACAACCUUCUCAAGGUGUCAUCUGCCUUGAAAUGCACCCUGCAAAGGAUGCUGCCCCUCAGUAGGGACACAGCUACAAGACUGGACCAGCUGACAAUAUACAUAUACAGUAUACAUUUAACUUGAAUGAGGACAUUUGAGGGUGUGAACCAGAAUUUUGAUGUCAAAAGCUGUUUCCCCCUCUCUUAAGCUCACAGACACACACGCACACACACACACACACACAUAUUGUUGUGUACGAUCUCAUGUCGUGGCUGCACACAUCCAAAAUGGCCUCGUGUGAGUAAUAUGCACAAUAUCAGGUUGCAAUAGUAUUACAGUUAUGUACAGGCAUUUUUAGUUGUUUUGGUUUGGUUGGAUUUGAAGGUUACUGAUGCUUCAUUUCAAUGGCAACUUUCUAUUCUUAUGAUGAUAAACUGGCAUGUUUUAGAUUCUGGUGUGAGCGUUUUUUGAUUUAUUUGAUUUGGAUUCCUGCUGUGAUGUCAGUGGUAGUUCGGCACUUGGGAAUCAAUGAGGAGUGCGCGGUUCCAAGUCCGCCCACCAGGUUCUCUUUCACUACGAGUCUGUGCUGUUUCACCUCCUGUGUGCGUGUGUGCGUGAGUGUGUGUGUUUUACACGAGCAGGCAUUUAUGUAAGACAAUGGAUGAAGUUUGUGUGUGUGUGCGUGUGCCUACUUUUCUGUUCUGUUCUUCCCUUCAUCCCACUCGUAACAUUUGACCCACUCAUGUAACACAACACACACACACACCACUUACUCUGUGUGUGUGUGCGUGUGUUUUGUACCAUCACUGGAGAUUUUUACACUUGUUUUUUUUUUUUUUUUUUUUUUUUUUUACUUGCAUGACUGUGCUCGUG